AUGGCGUCCAUUAACCUUCCGCCGAUCAUGCUAGACCACCUCUACUCCAUGGAUGACGACCUUAAAGCAGAAGGGCCGCUCCUGUUGCUUGAAGAUGUCCGUAAAAAUCCCGUUGUUGGUGAUGAGCCAUCCCUUGAGACUGCUCCUGUUGGUCAGAAUGGGUUCGAUUGUGAACUGCGGGAUCCAUCCACAUGCAACAUCCUGCGCAGAGCACAAGUCCUUGAUGCCAUCUUCCUUUCCAAAUUGUGGGACAUCCAUAUCGAAGCGAAGAUGCUUCGUCACGUGGUCCGGAGGUGGAGCACCGCUACUCACACCUUUGUGUGCUCAUGGGGGGAAUUUACCCCUACCCUUGAAGAUGUGGCGAAUAUCUCUCGCCUUCCUGUCUGUGGCGACCGUAGUCCUUUCGGCAUCGCCCUCACUCCAGAAGAAAUAGAUAGCCUUGCAGUCUUGCGAAGAGGCGCUCCCACCUCUCCCAGCACUUCACUCCGGUUUAGCAACUGGAUACAAUAUUUUGGGGAUGCAAACAGACAAAGUCCCUGCCGUUUGGCUGCCUUUAUAGCUCUGUGGCUUGGGCGGUUCGUGCUCUGUGACUUUUCUCAAGAUUGCCUUCAUGAGCGUAUAUUUCCUUUGGCUUUGGCCAUAGCCCGAGGCGAUACGAUCCCCUUAGCCCCCAUGUUCCUGGGACAUCUAUACCAUCUUCUUAAUCGAACCCAGCUUCUGGAAAAGAGUGCAUCAGGAACCAUGGGCGUAGAGACCCUCCUAAAUUCUGGUUUCUUGCAGGUGUUCUUGUGGGAGCGUCUCAAAGGGUUGGAUGUGUAUUCACUCCCUCAUUCGCACGCUAUAAAGUUGGCUGACUGGGGCAAGGGUUCCUUUAUGCCAAACAAUCUUCCAUUAGUUUGCAGGUGGUUCAAGAGAAUGCAGAGGAAAGGCCAGAAUUUCUUAAAGCUGCUAGACAAUGUCGAGAAUUUUGUCUUUCGCCCUUACGGCACCUCAGCAGAGACCUUCACUUUCGUGCCCUUCUAUACUGACGUCAGUGAUACGGUUGAGGUUCCAGCAGCCGUGUCGCAGAGUGACCAGUUUCGGAAGCAUGCUUUGUUGAAUGUCGCUCCCAUCCCCUUACCUACUCUUGGAGACUACUGUGCAGAGGUUUCCGUGACCUACUAUCCACACCGGGUCAGGAGGCAGUUCGGGCUUGACCAAGGGGUACCCAGCAGUCCUAACCAUGAUGACCCUUUUGCUUUACACAGGAUCUUCUGGAGCAAUGACCACAUACCAGCCAGUUGCAGGCCCAUCGUUCUAGCAAGCAAGGCGAGGUUUGGUGGCUUUUCUAGAGGCUACCAAGCCUACUGGAACCGCUAUCUCUCUUCCUUUCGUGAGUUCCAAUCCUUUCCCGGGGACAGACUGCCUCCUACAACGGCUCGUCUUGCAGGCUUGGUUUCGGAAGAGAAAGCCAUCCCUCUUAGCCAAAAACGCAACUUGCCCUUCAUUUCCAAGAGUGGUGACAUCGUUGGAGAAUUUCCUAAGAUGAAGCCAAAGCCGGGGGUACAGAGUCCUGGCGGCUUCGGAAAAAGUGCAACGCUAGUGUCAGGCAAAAGGAAGCAAGAGGAGGAGCGAAAUGUGAGUGAGAAGCAGACUGCCGGUAAACCCAAAAGGUUCAUUCCGAAGGUAGCCCCGAGUGGCCCUCCUCGAACCAAAGAAGCAACUCCCCCGGAACAGCCACAGUCUUCGAAGCCUGCUGCAUCCGGGAGCCGGGGUCGUGCUGGCAAGGUGCUGGAAACUACCCCUCUCCGCCGGAAAAUGGGUACAACCCCGAAGAGAAAGAGAAGUGACACGCCCCCGGUAUCUCCUCAGGUGACCCCUAAACGUCGAAGCGUGCGCAUUCUACAUGCAAGAUUUUCUGGAACACACACCAGUACUGUUGAAGCUGCCGGAACCCCAACUGUAGUGACAGUUGACGAUGAUAGUGAUGAUAGUGACACCACCGAAUCCGAGCUAAUGUUCCAGAGCAAGAGAACGUUGACGAUGCCAGUGAAGAUUCUGACAAGGACUCCAAUGAGGGUUGCAGUGAGGAUGCAUUUGCUUAUUCCAGCGACUAUCCAGGAGGACAAGGUGGUUCAGAUGUUUUCUUCGAGUCCGCCGGUAGCAGUACACGCCGUUUUAGCACUGAGCAGGAAUGCUGCUGCAGAACACCCCCGCAGCAUGUCUUGGCUGGAGUGGGAGGAAUCAUUUACUGCCUUCAUGGCUUUCUUUGACAGCGGUGCUCAAGUCCUUCGAUCUGCAGAUGAACUCCUGCCGCUCUACCAUCGGUUUAAUGGUUACGCACUCUUUCGGGGAAUUCUUGUUUAUCCCGAGACAGUCGCGGUUUUGAAGAAAUUUCUGGACAAGUACGGGGAUUUCAUGGACAUGACUGGUAUUACUUCUUCAUUCUCGCGAUGUGCUGCUUUCCGGGCCCUCGGCUUGGUGCUCCAUGGGAUGGAUACCGUGCAGCUGCUGGACAUUACUGAUCACAGGCUCCUCUGCUGGCGGGAUGCAGUUUGCGAGGCUAUGACUCUGGGCUUUCGAGCAGAGUCUCUUCUGAACCUGGUGAAGGGUUUGGCACGUGCUGCAUUUGGGGCACGGGCUGUUCAUAACAUGAAGUCAAAUCCCAGCCCUGAUGAAAUAAGGGCAGCAGCAGAGGCUUUGGUCUUCAAACAGCACGCACUGGAAAACCAGCGCAGGGAAUUGCGUGGCCUCCUUUCUGCCCAAGGUGUCUCUUCCGACAGUGCUGACUGCGUGAUGGAGGCAGUGACAAGAUCUUCUCACGGGGCCUCCUCCGUUCCCUUCUAG